AUGAAUUCUCACAAUUACGGACUAGAGGAAGAAGAGUUUGAUGAUACAAUAACGGAAACACCCGCCAAGGCCAUAACCCCUAAACGCAAGUUAGGAGGAAGCGAACCAAUAAACUAUACAAAAUUUCGAACGACUAGUGAUAAUCUAACUGAAAAAUCACCAAUCUUACAGAAAGUAGACCAGGAAAUUAAACAAGCUGAACUGAUUCUUAUCAAUGAGCGAUCUCACUACGGACGUAGAGACUUUGGGGAAAGAUCACCUCCAAAUUUGAAGUUUGAUAGAAGCAUAUUGCCAACAGAAGGAUCACCGGUUUCUUCCAGACGCCAGUCACUGACACUAUCACAGCGUCCAUCCACUCCUAUUCAAGCUAGUGAGAUAAAAAACAACAAAAACGGCACAUCAUCAGAUUUAAUAGAAACGCCGCUCCUUGUGAAACUCAAGUCUGUUCGAAAUACACCUUCACAGGAACCUCUCAUAAAAGAAAAGCUGGUUCAAAGUGAAACCACAAACACAAAUGUCCAAUCUUUAAGGAAGAGAUUCACACGGAAGUCACCAGAAAAGUUUCCCGAAAUCUCGAAGCCGCCUAAAAGAAACAUUUUCCAGGUUAAUGAGGACGGAAACCAGUCAGGAGUAAAACUGAGCAACGAUUUGAAAAAGUCUUUAAUGGAUAGAGUAAACAACACGUUGGAGUCAUUAUACCGUAAGGAAGAACAGGAUAGCCCAGUGAAAGAGGACUCAAUGUCACAGGAUAUGGGAGGAUUAGAGGACCUAGAUGAAUUUGAUCUUCUAGCUAGACCAUCAGUUAAGGAGCCAGACAUGAUACGACAUAAGCGCUCAAGGAAAGAUAAGUCGGAGGAGGUAGAUAUAACGCUCCCAACGAUUGAAAAGUCAGCUAGCGUGCAGAACAAACGCUUAAAAACAGAAGAGUCGUCUCUAAGUCACAACUCAUUGGGAAGCUCUACACCAAUUGGAAGAGGAGGAAGAGAAGGAGAAGGAAGAGAAGGAGAAGGAAGAGAAGGAGAAGGAAGAGAAGGAGAAGGAGAAGGAAGAGAAGGAAGAGAAGGAGAAGGAGAAGGAAGAGAAGGAGAAGGAGGAGGAAGAGAAGGAAGAGAAUACAAGAAGAUUAAACUGCCUGAUAUGAACAUUUCAAGUAUGGCUACUUGGUGGUCUUCAUCACAAUGGCUGAAACUUGAAAAAGUUGUGCGGCUGCAAUCAAUCAAAAGAGAAGAGGCAAUAAAUAGCUCUCUUUUGAUGAAGGAACUAGGGUGCUCAAGUAAAAAAGAGUUGCAGAACCGAUACGAUUUUUUAUCCCAAUACAACAAUGACGCUAACACUAGAUUUUACUACAACAAACUAAAAGAACGGGAUUACUAG